UGGGACCAGGGCUGCUGCACCCCGAGCAUGAGGCUGCCUUAAAUUCACACCAGCACCCCAGGAAAAAGACUCCUAUAGCCCGUUCCCAGGGACUGGGGUGCCACCAGCAGCCUGUUGCUGGUGACAAACCUGUCCUUGUGCAACAAGGUCUGUAGUAGUGGGACCAGAGCCUGCUCCUGGGCUGGGUGCGAUGCUUCUCUUGGGUUACUCUGGACCCUCUUAGAAAGGACAGGAUUAGUUUUGUUCAACGGCAGUUUAAAAGUUAAAAACAAAACCAGUCCUAGAUGCACUAACGCUUCGAUAGAUACUUCUGUAAAUGGCAAACCGUCAUACUCUGUUUUUUGAGGCUUUUUUUUGUGGCUUGAAACAAUUUCUUUUAUUCCAACAUGGCAGUUAAUUAAAAAACUGUUCACAUUCUCAAAGCGUUCAUUUUCCAUCCAAUCUCCAACAGUUUCCAUUUGCCUGAAAUAAGUAGGUUUGGUGGUUUGGUUCUGGUUUUUUGUUGUUUUUUUUUCCCCUGUGUAAAGGAACCAAACCCCAAAUCCAGCACUUCAACACUAAUAAACCUGGAGAGCUCCAAUCUGUUCUGUGCUGCCGGCUCCCUGGAGGUUGGCUGCUGCCAGCACUGGGGCCAGGGCUGGGGAAGAAGGAGUUAAAGGUUUGCACUGGAAGAGCAAUCCAGCUGCCUGCAGAGGCUUAGAUCCCACUCUUUCUUCCUCAGUGUCUGAUGGCUGGGGAAAGCCAGCUCCAAAUUCAAAUGCCAUUUUCUAGACCAAGGACAAGAUUAUAUCUGAUCUCCCUGCUUCACCCUCUCAGAAAAAAAACAGUACGAGCUGUCUUUGGGACUGGGCAGGCUGGUGUUUAUUUCUAUUUGCAGGUUUGGGGCUUUGCAAUCUGCAAUUUGCCUGGUUGUGCUUCCAGGCUGGUCACUCCGGGAGCUCCUCUCCGAGCAGGGGCAGCCCAGACCCCCAGGUGAUGGGCAGCGGUGGGACAAGGGAUGUCUUUGUCCCCUGUGCCCCAUCCUUCAGCAGGUGGCUGCGUAGGGGAGGGCUGGCUGCUUCUGCCAUGGGAGGCACUGGGCGGGACUGGGGAAUACUGGGAGCACUGCCACGGAGGGGUGUGCUGUGGGAUCGCAGGGAACGACCGUGGAACGGAGGGAGCGCAGGAGCACGGUGCUGGAUGCGGCUGAGAGCCCUCUUGCAGCCCGAGCAAGAUCUCCGCUGGCUGAGAGUGCUGCAGGCGACCGAGCGGCACCUUCCCCCAAAAUGAUGGAAAACGCAGUGUUUAUGUCAUUUACGUUCUACAGCACAAUAUUGAUUUUAAAAAUGUAUGUCGUUGCCAUCAUUACGGGACAAGUGAGGCUCAGAAAGAAGGCGUUUGCAAACCCGGAGGACGCGCUGCGCAACGGGGGGCUGCAGUACCACCGCGAGGACCCCGACGUGGAGCGGUGCCGCAGAGCCCACCGCAACGACAUGGAGAACAUCUUUCCCUUCCUCUUCCUGGGAGCCAUCUACUCCAUGCUGAAUCCCAGUCCAGUAGUGGCCAGGAUCCACUUCUUCAUCUUCUGCGUGGGGCGCAUCAUCCACACCAUCGCCUACCUCCUGCGGCUGAAGGCGCCCACGCGCUCCGUGGCCUACAGCGUGGCACAGCUGCCCUGCUUCUCCAUGGCCCUGCAGAUCCUCCUGGCCACCAGCUCAUACUGGUAGCACCCAACGAGACUGACCAUCCAAACCCUGAGCUCUGCUGGCUUCCCUGGCUGGACUGGGUGGUGUGUGUGAGUGUUCACGUGUGUGUGUGUGUGCACAUGGUGUGUUCCCAGGGAGGCCACUCGCGCCCCAAGGAUGCUCAGUGCAACCUUUAUCGAUAAAGACCCUGUGCUACUGAAAUUGGGCAGGGAACUCACCAGAGAGAAGGGGCACAUCUCCCUGUGGAGCAGGAAGGGGAUGCGGAGGCAGGUUUCUCUCCCCCCUGCUAAGGAUGGGAGUGGGAGAGCACACAGACACUGCUCGAGGAAGGGGGGUCAUUGAAGGAAGGAAGGUUUUCUGGCCCAACUGCAUUCGGAGCUGGGAAGGGGAAGAUGUGCCCUUUCUCUUUGGUCACAAAUUCCCUGUGAAUCGGGAAGGAAAACUCAUGAGGGUCCCACGGAGUCUCUUGGUCAGCAGACGUGGGUGGUCGCAGCCAUGUGGGUCUGUUGGGAGGUCCCUUAUGUUCUCCCUCCUGCGAGGAGCACAGGAGGCAGGUGCCUGCCAAGCAGUGUAAUGUGGAAGUCAGUAUCUCAGGGGUGAUGCUGUGAAGCCACCAAAGUGUUCAGUGCUCCCAGCACCGCCUCAUCUCACCCCAUGGGAUGCAGCUCCCUGCCAGGGAGCCUGGCCGCAGGCAGGAGCCACCAUGUCCCAGCAAAGACACCCCGUGGCCAGUGUUGGGCAGCUCCAGGCCAGCAGAGACUGUGACUUUGCCAUCUCUGCAAGAUGCAGGAGGGACUUGCCUGGAGCAGCCAGAAGGGAUGGCUUACUCUGUAGAGCACCAGACCCUCGCACAAAGCUCUGGGAUUUCUGGAAAGACUGAGGGGCUCACACAAAACGGGAGGUUUGCACUUUGCAGACAGAGCUUUCUCCCGAGGGUGGUGCCUGCCUUCACAUGUCACUGAUGUCUGAAAACGCUCCCAGGGCAGCGGACUGAAUUUCUCUCCCUUUGUUUGUAGCCUUGCCCUGUCCACAAAAUGUCCUGUUGCUAUUUGGGGAAUGUGCCGUGACUGCUUCGGGGUGUUUUCUUUCAGCUCUUUCCUGCUGUUCCCUGCUGCCGGGCACAGCCUGGAUCAGCUGGUGUUGGCAGAAAGCUCUGGAAAGGGGAAGAGUGGCAGGAGGAGGAUACCUCUGCUCUGCUGGUCACCUGAAAGCCGUUGUGUUGGAGAGGAGAGGCUGGGACCAGGGUAUUGCAGGAUGACAAACCCUGCAUGAGCUCCUCUGUCCUGAAGUGCCAAGGGCUGGUCCCCAGGCCACAGCAGCACGCAAAGGAGAGCACAAGGCAGGAGGAAGCCUGUGCUGUUCAGUGCCUCCUCCCUCCUCUGACAGCAACACUAAGGUGACAGGGGGAAAUGAGUAGAAAAUAAAUUCCCCUUCCACCUGUCCUAAGCACUAAAA